AUGGGCUUGUUAAGUGCACUUUUACAUCCCAAGAAAGUCCCCAUGCUCGUGGUUACCCUUGACGCCCUUGGAACAGUAUACAAUUUCCGGCACUCAGUAUCUGUGCAGUACCUCCAGGUUGCCGAGAACUGCGGGCUCAAGACCAAAGUCGACCUCAAGCAGCUGGAUCGAUCGUUCAGAUCUUCUUUCAAGCAUUAUAACGCCGCUUACCCCAACUAUGGCAAGAGGACACUCGGAAGUCCGGAGGAAUGGUGGACCAAGGUCGUCAAUCGUGCAUUCGGCGACCUCGUGGAAGGAGGAGAAGCAGCGCUCCCGAGGGAUUUGGGGUCUGCCCUCUACAAACACUUCUCCUCCAGUGCUGCUUAUGAACCCUUCCCGGACGUGAAGCCCUUUCUCCAGAGCAUGGCCGCUCUAAAAAAACAGUUUGCUGAUCCAGAAGGACCCUUGGUGGCGACUGGAAUUGUCACAAAUUCCGACCCUCGAGUCAGGGUGGUGCUACAAGACAUGGGUUUCAGUGUAGGGCCAUCGAGCAUUCCAGAUUUCGAAAGCGUAAUGAAAACGCACAUGGAUAACCUCCGCGACGCGUCCAAAGUGGUCUUCGAUAGUCCCUUCAGAGAUUAUUACAAUCCCCAGCACGACUUCGACUUCCUGUGCACGAGCUACGACGCCGACGCAGAAAAGCCACAGGAGAAAAUCUGGCUCGAAGCCCUGAGGCUCGUGUUUCCAAUGCCUAUUUCUCGAUCCGAACAGAACUCCGAGCCUGCCUCUAGCAUAACAGACGCGUUCAGAAAGGUGUCAUCGGCCAUCAGCCACCAAUCGGACAUUUCGAGGAUGCUACGAAUACAUAUCGGAGACGAGUACGUAAAAGACUAUGUCGGUGCUGUCGGUGCUGGCUGGGAAGCUCUUCACCUCGAUCGAGAGGGUAGCAGCUCUGGCUUGGGAGCCGAUGUUAAAGUCGUUCAGUCCCUCGAAGAGGCUGCCAUGGUUGUCAAUCUGAUGGCCCGAGAGUAUUUCGCUCAAAACGAAGACUAG